AUGGCGCAGUGGACCCGUGCUGAGAAGCGAACUUUCCUUCGACAGCGAGUGGAGGCCAGGCUUGCAUAUCUUUUGAUGGAAAGCAAGGAGUAUUCAGAAGCACUAAGUCUCCUAUCAGGCCUGAUCACGGAAGUGAGAAGUCUAGAUGACAAGCUUCUUCUUGUGGACAUAGAUUUGUUGGAGAAGAACUGUCAGUGUAUCUCAUCGUCUUUUCUCGUCUUCGUCGUCUUCUCUGAACUUAAACACCAAACUCCGAGAGGAAGCUUUCAUUGCACGCAAAAGGAAAAACAAAAACCAUGGUUCAGAGAAAUCAAACCUGCAAUCAAACAUUCACAGACAAAGAAAGAAGGGUUUGAUUUGUCUGUAACCAUGGUUUCUCAAGACCAAAGUAAGGACUUUGGCUCGAAAAAAAAUGGAGGUAUGGAGUUUGGAAUGGUAACUCCUCAAGACAAGUCCUUGAAGAAGAUGAAGUUUGUUUCAUCUGCUGAGACAGAACCAGCCAGCACGACAACAAUUUCUGAGGAUUCAAAGUCAGGUCGAGGUAUGAGCACAAUGCCUCGUGUUGUGAAGAGAAAAUUUCAGAAAAUCAAGCCAGUUGUUGAGUACAAUAAAAGGGGGAAAGGAUGUGGCCCUGCACAUACUGAGAUGCAGUCUUACAUUGGUGUGUUGGCACGCUCCAGAGUCCCACUUGUGGACAAGAAAUGGGCUGAAAUCCCCAAGGAUAUAAAGGAGCAGAUUUGGGAAGCCGUUGACAUGGCUUUUGUGGUAGGUCAAGGGGGCAAGAACCUGGUGUUAUCUUCUGCUGCCAAGAAAUGGAAGGAUUUAAGUCUACACUAA